AUGGACGAUGAAAAACGGGACGACUGCAUUCCGUACGAACACUUUGAAACCUGCUUGCCGUGCAAGAAGGAACGGUGGUGUUUGGUUCGAUGGGAGGAGCUCAUAGUGGACGAUUCCCUUCCAAUCCCACAAGACACGCAGCAAAACCUUCUUGGCCGUUAUCCCGAGGUUGCCGAUCGUUUGAGCCGCCUCACCGCGAUUGCACCAUGA